AUGUCGCGCGGUGGCACCACCUUGUACGUGACUGGCUUCAGCCACGGAACUCGCGCCCGAGACCUCGCCUACGAAUUCGAACGCUAUGGACACCUUGUCCGCUGCGACAUCCCUGCACCUCGAUCGGCCUCCAGCAGACUGUUCGCCUUUGUUGAGUACGAGGACCGUCGCGACGCUGACGAUGCCUACCAUGAGAUGCACAACAAGCGCAUCGGCCGUGACGACAUUCUGAAGAUCGAGUGGGCUCGCACACCUCCUAGUGCGUCGUGGCGAUUCGACUCUGGCCGGGAUCGUGAGCGCGCUCCUCGCCGCUCUUCUCCUCGUCGUGGCCGUUCUCCUUCUCCCCGACGCAGCACCCGCGACUACUCUCCCAAAAAGGAUGACCGCCGGGACCGCGACCGUGACUACGACCGCAGCGACCGACGCGACACUCGCGAGCGUUCCCGCAGCCCUGACCGACGUGACCGGGACCUCAAGGACGACCGUGACGACCGAGAACCCCGUGAAAACGGUACCAACGGUGACGACAGGAAGCCCCCGGACAGUCCCCCUCCCGCCCAUGACGACCUGGACGUUGCUGCGGAGUGA